AUGAGCCGUGCGCGCGGGGCGUUGUGCCGGGCCUGCCUCGCGCUGGCCGCGGCCCUUGCCGCACUGCUUCUGCUGCCGCUGCCCCGACCGCCCGCCCCGGCCCGGACUCCCGACCCGGGCCCGCGCGCUCCCCCGCCCGCGUCCGCCGCCCCCAGCCUGAGGCCCGACGAAGUCUUCAUCGCCGUCAAGACCACCCGGAAGAACCACGGGCCGCGCCUGCGGCUGCUGCUGCACACCUGGAUCUCCCGGGCCAGCCGGCAGACGUUCAUCUUCACCGACGGGGACGACCCUGAGCUCCAGCUCCAGGGCGGCGGCCGUGUCAUCAACACCAAUUGCUCCUCGGUUCGUACCCGCCAGGCUCUCUGCUGCAAGAUGUCCGUGGAGUACGACAAGUUUAUCGAGUCAGGUCGCAAGUGGUUCUGCCACGUAGAUGAUGACAAUUAUGUGAACCCCAAGAGCCUCCUGCACCUGCUUUCCAGCUUCUCACCCAGCCAGGAUGUCUACCUGGGACGGCCCAGCCUGGAUCACCCCAUCGAGGCCACAGAGAGGGUCCAGGGUGGCAGAACUGUGACCACGGUCAAGUUCUGGUUUGCUACUGGUGGGGCCGGGUUCUGUCUCAGUAGAGGCCUUGCCCUCAAGAUGAGUCCAUGGGCCAGCCUGGGCAGCUUCAUGAGCACGGCUGAGCAGGUGCGGCUGCCAGAUGACUGCACGGUGGGCUACAUCGUGGAGGGGCUCCUGGGCGCCCACCUGCUGCACAGCCCCCUCUUCCACUCCCACCUGGAGAACCUGCAGAGGCUGCCACCGGACACCCUGCUUCAGCAGGUGACCUUGAGCUAUGGGGGUCCUGAGAACCCACAUAACGUGGUGAACGUGGCCAGAGUCUUCAGUCUACAGCAAGACCCCACACGGUUUAAGUCUGUCCACUGCCUUCUCUACCCAGACACGGACUGGUGUCCCAGGCAGAAGCAGGGCGCCCCGACCUCUCAGUGACACCAAUGGCCCUGACCCACAGCUGCCUGAGCUCCAUCCCAGCUGCGGGGAGCUGGAGCCCCCCAUAGCCUCAGUGGGUUCCAUCAGGUGCCACAGCCACACCAGUGAGAUGCAGGUGCCUAGAAGACCCCCUGGCUAGUCUGGCAUCUGGGCUCCACUGCUUACUGCUGAGGCCCUGGUCCAACCACAACCAUUGCAAGGGCUUAGCCUGGCAGCAUUUGUGGGGGAUGCCCCCCUCUCUGCCACAGGCUGGGUGCAUGGCCAGGCAUUGCAGUGAGGACUCAGGCCCAGGAAGGCCAAGCUCUGCUCCCAGCCCUCAAGCCUCAUUCGGAGGCCUCCUGACUGGGGCCACAGACAUGCUUUUCUCUGCUCUGACUUACGGCUCAGGACUCCUUUCUAGGUCCUGCUCCCGCCCCACUGUGCCUGUGCCCAUAAACAGCAGGAGCUUUUGUUUGGGGCUCCCUGGAUUGAGACUACUCCUGACCCACCCAUCCCUACACACCCACCUCCCCACCCGGUGGCUUCCACAGGGGAAAUGGGACGGGGGGCAUCAUCCCCCCCUGCCUCCUACUUUGCUGUUGCCAAGCAUGAGUAAAGGCUCUGUUCUUACA